AGUUCAAGAAAAUGGUCCAGGUUUUUACUACAACUUUACUAUGUUGUGGUUUGUACCUGAGGAUAAAAAGGGAAAGCAAAAACAUCCAUUGUUUCAUAAAUUUGCAAAAUCUGUAGAAUUCAACUGAAAAUAUGGAACUUCUCUUCCUCGGUUUGGCAUACUAUUUGUAAAAGGGGAGGGAAGAACAGCGAUUCUCUUUCAGUUCAAGAGUGUGCAACUUCCUCCCCGGGUGAGGAAAUUGCUCUUGUAAACUCUUUUCUUCUUGCCCCACAAAGAAUUGGUUGUGAGCGUUUGGUUUGGCGUGUCUCUCUUCAGCCAGAAUCAUAACAAAACUCAGCGAAGAGAUGCCCUGGAAAGUCCUCUUUUUUGUAACCGGCUCUUUGGCAAUACCAGCUCCUUCUAUUUCCCAGACCCCUCCAUACCCUAGCAACCCAGGGGAUCCUAUCCACCUUCAAUGUGUGGCCCCACCAGGCUUCCAGGGGGCUGAAUUCUCACUGUUCCAUGGAGCUGGGGUGAUCCAGACACUGCAGGCACAAGAGGCCCAGCAGGGAGUGGUUUUCACAGUAACCAAUGGGAGUGAAGGCCUUACAGGACAGUAUCGAUGUCAAUAUAGUGUGAUGGGUGAGAUUGCCAAGCAGUUCUCCAACUUGAGCAAGCCAGUGAAUGUGACCUUCCCAGUUUACAUGCUGCCAGCCACAACCUUACCAACUCCUCCAGUGCCGUCUUGGAUCUUACCACUCUCCCUGAGUCUGGCUGGAGCUUUCAUCUUUAUUGUGAUACUGGUUGUGGCCAUCCUAAUGAUUAGACGAGUUAAAGUCACAAAUCUUCAGAAAAAAAGAGAGCAAGAAUCCUGCUGGACCAAGAUAAACUACACUACUUCAGAUAUGUCUUUUGAUAAUUCCCUGUUUUCCAUUUCAAUGAAAAUGACCCCAGAAGACAUGGAUACCUGUGGCACUUUCACCAGCUCAACUCUGGCUCCAGAACCCUUUGUGCCCAGAAAGAGACCCACAUCUACUUCUUCCAAUCCUGAGCUACCUGAAUUCAGCACCUUCAGAUCCUUCGAAUGAACCUAUCCCCUGGCUCCAGAACCCUUGGGCCCAGUAAGAGGCUCACAUCUAUUUCUUCUCCUCCUGAACUUGAAUUCAGCACUUUCAGGUCCUUUGAUUGAACCUGUUCUCUGCUGUGGGACUAGGAGGUUGCAUUUUUUCCUUCCCUUCCUUGUUGUUGUUUGUUUUUUUUUUUUUUUAGUGAGGCAAUUGGGGUUAAGUGACUUGCCCAGGGUCACACAGCUAGUAAGUGUUAAGUGUCUGAGGCCGGAUUUGAACUCAGGUACUCCUGACUCCAGGGCCGGUGCUCUAUCCACUGCGCCAUCUAGCUGCCCCCUUCCCUUCCUUGUUAAUUCGGCCCCUGAUUUACAGUUUCUAGGCUGUGUUCUAAAGAAGUCUGGGGAGCCUGGCUCCUGUAUGUCUGACUUACCACCCCUUCAUCUCUCCUCCAGGGCCCCUAUGGGGGGAAUACAAUUACAACCUCUCAAGAAAUUCUCAUGUCCUGAAUCAGAUUUUCAUUGUUCCAACUGAAAUACUUUUUCUGUGGCUUAGUAGUUGGCAAUAGCUGUUAUGUGACUUCAGUUCAUAGAUGAUAGGUUUAGACCUGAAAGAACCCUCAUAUGUCAUCUAGUUGAACCCCUGCACUUAAUUUUUCAUUGAAGGAAACUGAGUCCCAAAGAGGUCAAAUGACUUGUCCAAGGCCACAUAAGUUGUAAGUGGCAGAGCUUCAGCCCCUGUCAGGUAUCAUUUGUAUUAGGGCCCCAGUAAGGGUAUUUGUCUGUUGAACAGAAAAUACACAGAAGCCAGGACCUCAGGGACAACUGCCUCCCAUUUAUGGAAGCAGAAAAACUGUAGGUGAAGCUCCGUUGCAGGGAAAUAGUGUCAGUCAUUAAUCCUUCUGCCCCUAUCCAAGUAGCCCAUUCUGAACAGAGUAACAUUAAUGGUUGUUGCAGUAGAACAGACAAGAUACUGAACCAAAAGUUCCCAUCUGCAUUUACAGCAUCUCUUGUCCCCACUAAAAAAAAGUUUUUGAAUUAUAUUAGCCACCACCUUCUGGAGGCUUAUUUGCAGCCAGCCCUAGUUGGUGACAGGUACCUGCCUGACUGUGUUCUAAAAGUGCUUGGUCCCUAGAGCCCUAAGUUUCUGUUCUGUGUGUCAUUCCUUUUCUUCGAAAACUACAGAAUUGAUAGGGCAAGAUCAUCUAAAUUAUUAAUUACAACCGGCAUUGAGACGUUUGUAAGGAACAAAGUAAUGGAGUCUUAUUAAA